GAGAGUUCCACUCAAGAUACACAUUAUUCAGAGAGUUUCGAACAAGGACAAAGCUUUGUCAAACUAAUUUUAUGAAAUAAAAUUAUGAAUAGUACAAACAGUAGGUAUACCUCGCUGAGGAUAGAUUCGUGAGGAUGGCACAUCUUCUCGCAAUGUUCUUAGCUGCAAUUAUUUUUGUCUUUUUAGAGGCUUCGUCAGGAGAAAUUGAAACUGGCAUCACAGUCGUCACCGAUUUUGUGUACGAUGACCGAAAGAACAAUAAUACAGAGAGAGUGGUUCUUCAGAAAAUAACUGAAGCUACGAAUAUGAAUGCUUCUAAUGUGAAAAUCAUCAAAAAGGAAACAAAGGAAGUAGAUGGAUUCUUCACAGCUAUUUAUAACGUGACUACUCCUAGCUGCCAAGAGGUCAGCGGAUUUGCAGUGCAAGUUAUGAAAAACUUCAGUCCUGUGAUUUUCAUCAGAUACAAAUGCCCAGGUGAAGCUGAGAUGGAGUUCCUUCGAAAUUUAAACCUUGGUCUGAACAUUUGAGAGCUCUUAAAACAAAGAAAUGAUUUUGACAAUGUUAUAAAAUUUCUCUCAAGAGUUAACAACGAUGGCC